AUGGCGCCCCCAGGGGCUGUCACAAAGCGACGGCGCUCCCAGGGGCAUGAUCGUGAUGUCGAUAUUGCAUACUUCCAGCAAUCCCAUGGUGUUGGUGCCUCCUGGGCCAUGCCACCAGUGGCUUUACCAAGGACGGUGGCGGCGCCAGGGGACCUUCCAGUGGCGGUGUCUCCAGGGGUCAUUCUAGGGAAUGAGGGGGCCCUCUUAGAGGCCAUGGCACCGCCAGGCGUUCUUCCAGGAGCGGUGGCGUCCCCAGGGGCCCUCCCAGGCAAAGCUGCUCCCAUAGGAGCCCUCCCAAGGGCAGCUCCUCCCUUGGGGACCUUUUCAGUGGCGGCAAAGCCUCCAGGGGCCCUCCCUGGGGCCUCAGCGACCCUAGGAGCUCUCUCAGGGGCGUUGGUGCCUCCAGAGGCCUUUCCAGGGGCGGUGGCGCCCCCAGGGGCCCUCCCAGGGGACUUGCUCCCCCAAGGGCCCUCCCAAGGGCAGCUCCUCCCUCAGGGACCCUUCCAGUGGCAGCAAAGCCUCAAGGCCCGCCCCUGGGUCUCAGCGACCCUAGGAGCUCUCCCAGGGGCGUUGGUGCCUCCAGAGGCCUUUCCAGGGGUAAUGGCACCGCAAGGGACCCUCCCUGAGGCGGUGGUACCCCAAGGGGCCCUGCCAGGGGCAAUGGCGCCCCCAGGGCUCUCAUUGGGGCGGUGGCGCCGCCAGGGGACAUUCCAGUGGCGGUGCCCCCAGGGGUCAUUCUAG